CUGCCUUUAUAGGAGAUAUCGCCUUGGAUGAAGAAGACCUGAAGAUGUUCCAGGUGGACAGAAUUGUGGACCUCACCCGGCAUAAAAUUGAAAGAACUGCUACGAAUACUUCAGGUCGGGCUGCUCACCUUCCCAAUGUUAGAGAUGGAGAUACAGGGAAAGACGCAAACAGCACCAGCAUCAGACCUAGAAGGCAGCAGAGGAGACGAUGGAAACAGGGCUGGGGACGGCCUCGGAGUCGGCGGGCUGCCACUUCCCGCCCCGAGAGGGUGUGGCCAGAUGGCGUAAUUCCAUACGCGAUCAGCGGAAACUUCACUGGCAUUCAACGAGCUAUUUUUCGGCAGGCCAUGCGCCAUUGGGAGAAGUAUACUUGCGUAACCUUCUUGGAACGAAGCGAUGAGGACAGCUACAUUGUGUUUACACACAGGCCAUGCGGGGCAGGAGUACAACUUCCUGAAGAUGGAACCUGAAGAGGUGGAGUCCUUAGGCGAAACAUACGAUUUUGACAGCAUCAUGCACUACGCCAGAAACACCUUUUCCAAGGGGAUCUUCCUGGACACCAUUCUUCCCAAAUAUAAUGUGAAUGGGAUGCAGCCCUCGAUUGGACAGAGAACCCGGCUGAGUAAAGGAGAUAUUGCCCAGGCACGCAAACUGUAUAAAUGUCCUGCUUGUGGAGAAACACUGCAAGACAGUCAAGGGAAUUUCUCCUCACCUGACUUCCCCAAUGGAUAUUCUUCACACAAGCACUGCAUCUGGAGAAUAUCAGUCACUCCAGGGGAAAAGAUAAUUCUGAAUUUUACGUCCCUGGAUCUAUACCGCAGCCGGCUAUGUUGGUAUGACUACGUGGAGGUGAGAGAUGGAUUCUGGAGGAAAGCUCCCCUGCGAGCCAUCUGUGGAGGAGACAUGAAGAAAGACAAUGGGCACAUCCAGUCUCCCAACUACCCUGAUGACUAUCGUCCCAAUAAGUUGUGUACUUGGAAGAUUACAGUUUCGGAAGGAUUCCAUGUUGGCCUCACUUUCCUGUCCUUUGAGAUCGAGCGCCACGACAGCUGUGCUUACGACUAUCUGGAGAUUCGGGAUGGCAGUUCAGAGUCAGACCCUGUGAUUGGAAGGUAUUGUGGUUAUGACAGGCCCGACGAUAUUAAGAGCACCUCCAACAAGCUGUGGAUGAGGUUUGUGUCCGAUGGGUCCAUCAACAAGGCUGGCUUUGCGAUCAACUACUUCAAAGAAGUGGAUGAGUGCUCACGACCAAACAACGGCGGAUGCGAGCAGCGUUGUGUGAAUACCCUGGGUAGCUACAAGUGUGCCUGUGAACCUGGCUAUGAGUUGGCUCCCGACAAACGCAAGUGUGAAGGUGUGCAAGUAUGACUUUGUAGAAGUGCGCAGCGGCCUCACUUCUGAAGCCAAGCUCCAUGGGAAGUUUUGUGGAGCUGAGAAACCCGAGGUAAUCACCUCCCAGUACAACAACAUGCGCAUUGAAUUCAAGUCUGACAACACCGUAUCCAAGAAAGGCUUCCGAGCUCAGUUCUUCUCAGAAAAAGUUCAGCCGGCCAGAAUGCGUCCUCCUGGCUUGAAAUAUCGCCUGAAGAAGCGCACAAAAUCCUAAGAAUGAACUUGGCUCCCCUUCUGUUUGUUUCUCAGGAACUCCAGAGGAACCAAAUUGCCGGCGUUCCUCCUCCUUCUCCCCCCACGCACAGCGAGCGCCUCCUUCUCUUUGCUCCGUGUUAAAAGCGUGGAGCGUUUACGAUCGAGAGAAGGGGCCAGCAUGUUCCACACUCUCUGCCAGCGCUCCUCAAAGUCUUACUUGACUGAACUGAUAGUUAUUUUUAAAAUAAUUAAUUAAUUAAUGCCCUGAUGCGUUUUAAUUUCUCUGGGUUUUUUUUUCAUGAGACCAGCUGAUUUCAUGUUGCAUUUUUAUUGUGUCUGUGACAUUUUACUGUUGCUAAGUAAAGAAGAAUGCCAUGUCCUGUCCCCUUUUCUGCAUCUCCUUGUUGUCGCUGUGUCUGUUUUUAAACUCAGUCCUCUGUGUUCAGUAAGCAGGUAAUGGUUAUGCCCAUUCUAGAUUUAAAUGCGACUUCGGCUGUUCGUUGGCUCGAAUUGUUGGGGGUGGUUCGGCUUUCUCUUAAACGUUCUCCUCUUUUGGCUGAAUGCGGACGUUGCUGGUUAUAGAUUCAUUUCCAGAUCAGCCUCAUGGUUGGCUAAGCGUGUGAGACGCCUGUGAGUUUUGUAGCUUACUUUUGCAUCGAAAAGUCAAAUUUGGGCCAGUGCAACCGCAGCAGUUCCGGAGACGCAGCCUAAGAAUAGUAACCACUGUUUAUUUUGGAAAUGAUGCACACUAAGAUGAAGAGACACAAACAGCGAUAAGAGAAACUCACUUUAUAGCACUAUCAGACUCGAGGGCCAGGGAGAAGGUUAGGCUGAAGACUUCUUGACAAUUUGAUUAUUAUCUGCAAAUAAUUUGUAAAUGCACUGGGGAAAUUCAAGCGCAUAAUACACCUAGACUAAUAAAAGAGAAAAACAACUUAUUUUAUUCUGCUUAAUGAAUAAACUAGCUCCAUGUUCCCCUGAGUUCCACUCUCGUACUAAAGAGGCUGCAGAGAAGGUGGUAAGAAAUAGAUCUUAAGAAAGGAAUUCAGAUAAGGGGAAAUUGUCUUGUUCUUUUCAUUUCCGAACUGAUGUGGGUAGAGUUGAGUGGCCCGCUGUGAUCAUGUGACUCCUUAUAGGGCAGCUUGCUAAGCGAUUGAUGC